AUGUCAGGCGCCGAAGCCAUCGGCCUCAUCUCCGGCGUCAUUGCCAUCAUCGACGCCACGAUCAAGAUCUACAGUGCCGUUUCCGAUGUCUCAGGCCUCCCAGAAGCCUUCCGAGACACAUCCACACGACUUCCCCUGGUUAGAGAAACACUUCAAAGCGCUCUACAGAACCUCGAAAUGAGCGACCCCGAAGACUCCCUCUACCAGGCAAUAAAACCUGUACUGGACAGCUGUGAGCAGAAGGCAAGCCGUCUUGAAGAGAUAUUUCGAACGGUUAUUCCCUCCGCCAGCGCCUCGAGGAUGGAGCGAUACCUCCGCGCUGUGCGCACCUUGGGCAAGGGUAGCCUCGUCGAGUCUCUCAUGCAGGGAAUGCUGAGGGACGUCCAACUUCUGGCGCACAACCGGGUGAUGAAACUGGCGACGGAUGAGCAGCUCGGUGAACUGGCACGAGCCGAGGACGAGGUGUCUGCGAUCCCGCCGUCGUUACCGCCUCAGUGUCUGCGCAGCAUCAGCAACUCUGGGCCAGGUAUUCAGAACGUCAAUACCGGCGGCGGGACUCAGAAUAACAACAAUAGGUCAGGCCAGCAAUUUAUCGGUGGGACAUUUCAUGGGCCUAUGAACUUUUAG